AUGAGACGCAUGCAUUCAGAUGAGACAGAGCGGCCAUCCUCAGCACAGCGCACAAAAGACGAGGUCGACGACGAAGCAGAUGCUGCCGCUGAACAACAGUCAGAAGACGAAGAGAGUGACCCUGCAGAAAAAAUUGUCGAUUUUGAUUGGGAAGACCUAGAGGCGCGGUACCACGAUGCCAUGAAGACAUGCCACAACCAAGAGGACCUACUAAUGCAAGAGCUUCGCACACGCUCUACAUACGUUCAGCACGAAGAAGCGGAACUGGAGCAAAAGCGGAAUCAUUACAUCAAUGUAGUCAAAGCCUUCGAGAGUGCGCUCAACCUCCUCAAAGCCAGUGGCCUUGGUCGUUGA